CUAUAAUAGACCGGACAGCCAAACGACCUUCUGGACAUCCUUCCGGAUGAAGCAGGGGCUGCAAGGGCUGAGGCAAACGAACUGUACCUUAAGACGGCAAGGAAGGCUGAGAACUCAGAAAAGAGUCGUUGAACAGCUUCGGAAGAACCUGAUAGUAAAGCAAGAACAACCAGACAAGUUCCAAAUACAGCCAUUGCCACAAUCUGAAAACAAACUACAAACAGCACAGCAGCAACCACUACAGCAGCUACAGCAACAACAGCAGUACCACCACCACCACGCCCCGUCGGCGGCACCCUCUUCCAACCUGACCGCUUCACAGAAGACUGUAACGACAGCUUCUAUGAUUACCACAAAGACACUACCUCUCGUCUUGAAAGCAGCAACUGCAACCAUGCCUGCCUCUGUUGUGGGCCAGAGACCUACCAUUGCUAUGGUGACCGCCAUCAACAGUCAGAAGGCUGUGCUCAGCACUGAUGUGCAGAACACACCAGUCAACCUCCAGACGUCUAGUAAGGUCACUGGGCCUGGGGCAGAGGCUGUCCAAAUUGUGGCAAAAAACACAGUCACUCUGGUUCAGGCAACACCUCCUCAGCCCAUCAAAGUACCACAGUUUAUCCCUCCUCCUAGACUCACUCCACGUCCAAACUUUCUUCCACAGGUUCGACCCAAGCCUGUGGCCCAGAAUAACAUUCCUAUUGCCCCAGCACCUCCUCCUAUGCUUGCAGCUCCUCAACUUAUCCAGAGGCCUGUUAUGCUGACCAAGUUUACCCCCACAACCCUCCCUACCUCCCAGAAUUCCAUCCACCCCGUCCGUGUCGUCAAUGGGCAGACUGCAACCAUAGCCAAAACGUUCCCCAUGGCCCAGCUCACCAGCAUUGUGAUAGCUACUCCAGGGACCAGACUGGCUGGACCUCAAACUGUACAGCUUAGCAAGCCAAGCCUUGAAAAACAGACAAUUAAAUCUCACACAGAAGCAGAUGAGAAACAAACAGAGAGCCACACCAUCACUCCACCUGCUGCACCCAAACCAAAACGGGAGGAGAACCCUCAGAAACUUGCCUUCAUGGUGUCUCUAGGAUUGGUAACACAUGACCAUCUAGAAGAAAUCCAAAGUAAGAGGCAAGAGCGAAAAAGAAGAACAACAGCAAACCCAGUGUACAGUGGAGCGGUCUUUGAGCCAGAGCGUAAGAAGAGUGCAGUCACCUACCUGAACAGUACAAUGCACCCUGGGACCCGGAAGAGAGGUCGUCCUCCAAAAUACAAUGCAGUGAUGGGGUUUGGAGCCCUUACCCCAACAUCCCCCCCAUCCAGUCAUCCUGACUCCCCUGAAAAUGAAAAGACAGAGACCACAUUCACUUUCCCUGCACCUGUUCAGCCUGUGUCCCUGCCCAGCCCCACCUCCACAGACGGUGAUAUCCAUGAGGAUUUUUGCAGCGUUUGCAGAAAAAGUGGUCAGUUGCUGAUGUGUGACACGUGUUCCCGUGUGUAUCAUCUGGACUGCUUAGACCCUCCUCUGAAAACGAUUCCCAAGGGCAUGUGGAUCUGUCCCAGAUGUCAGGACCAGAUGCUGAAGAAGGAAGAAGCAAUCCCGUGGCCUGGAACCUUAGCCAUUGUCCAUUCCUACAUCGCCUACAAAGCAGCUAAAGAAGAAGAGAAACAGAAGUUACUUAAAUGGAGUUCAGAUUUAAAACAGGAACGAGAACAGCUAGAGCAGAAGGUGAAACAGCUCAGCAGUUCUAUAAGUAAAUGCAUGGAAAUGAAGAACACCAUCCUGGCCCGGCAGAAGGAGAUGCACAGCUCCCUGGAGAAGGUGAAGCAGCUGAUCCGCCUCAUCCAUGGCAUCGACCUCUCCAAACCCGUAGACUCUGAGGCCACUGUGGGGGCCAUCUCCAACGGCCCGGACUGCACCCCCCCUGCCAACGCCGCCACCUCCACGCCAGCCCCCUCCCCGUCCUCGCAGAGCUGCACAGUGAACUGUAACCAGGGGGAAGAGACUAAAUAACAGAGCCCUGCCAGGAGAAGCCGCGGGAUCCCGGCGGCGAGGAGAGCAAAACACUGAAGACUCUAGAAAAGCAAAGCCGGAUUUCUUCUGGAAAGUACAGAAUUCUUUUGGUUCUUUGGUUCCAGAGAGAGAGAAGAUGCUUGUGCCAGGUGGCACCAGAGUUUGCCAAUUGAUCCUUCUUAUUCUGUGUGUACAUGCAAAGAUUGGACCAUGUUACAUGAAAUAGUGCCAGCUGGAGGUUCUUUGCCAGCACCAUGCCAAGUGAAAUAAUAUAUUUACUCUCUCUAUUAUACACCAGUGUGUGCCUGCAGCAGCCUCCACAGCCACGAUGGGUUUGUUUUUGUUUUGUUGGGUGGGGAGCAGGGACGGGCGGAGGGAGGAGAGCAGGUUUCAGAUCCUUAUUUGCCGAGCCGUUUGUUUAGGUAGAGAAGACAAGUCCAAAGAGUGUGUGGGCUUUUCCUGUUUCUAAACUUUCACUACUUAAAACCAAAAAAAGGAAAUCGAGAUUUCACCAACCCCAGUGCCCAGAGGAGGGAUGGGGAGGGAAUGGGAGGGAGCCGGGGUGGGAAAAGUAUAUCAAAUAAGCAGUAUUUCUUAUCAUGUGUGGUGGGCCACUGUGUGCGGAGAGAUGGGCACCAAGGACGGCCGUCGGGUUCUCGGAGCACGCGCUUCCCCGCCGUGGGCGCCCCACCGCCCCCCAGGUUCCUUCCCUGCUCUGGCAAAUGGGUGUGCGCCCCGUGGAUGGUGGGUCCCUUCCCUCUCCAAGAACAAGCAGAGCCAGGCUCAGUCAGCCCUUGCCCAGGGCAGGGAAGAAGGGUGUGUGUGUCAAGGAAGGAAAAAAGGUGGAUCAGUGAUUUUACUUGAAAACAAGCUCCAUCCCCUUUCUAUAUUUAUAGAAGACCCUGAGCGUAGCAGCACGCGACCAGGUGUGUGUGGAUUGAAUGGAGACGUCUCUCUUUUUCUUUUUUUAAUUUUUGUUCUUUAUUUUCUUUUUAAAAAAGUUUUAUUUUAUUGUUUAUUUUACUUUUUUGGUAACAAAAACUAAAAUAAGGAAUAGAAAAGCUGUUUUUCAGGCUGACAGUCCAGUGAAGGGUAGUCGAGACCUUGCAUGGUAGAAUAGGAGCCAUCGUGUCAGUGAGGUCCAGUGAGUCUGUGUGAGUCCUUGUGUCAUCGUCGGGGCACUGUUUUUUAUGCAAGGGCAAAAUCUUUGUAUCCGGGGAAAACAACAACAACUUUUUUUUAAAUUAAAAAAGAAAAAUAAAAGAUAUUGAGGUCUUCCUAGUGUUACUUAAAUUAAGAUCAAGGUAAGAAACAUUGUAAAAAAAAAAUUACAAAAGUGCUAUUUGUUUCCUAAAAACAGUGAUUUCUAUUAAAAAAGGUGUCAGAACUGGAGAAAAUGCUGUGUAGUUAUAAUUUUUUAGCACAGAACCUGCUGAUCAUGAUGCCAUUUUGCUGUGUUUGUGUCUCAAGACUGGUGGGCUAGUCUCCAUGAUUUCUGACCUGGGAUGGCUGCCGGCCUGCCGGGCAGGGGCGGAGCUCUCCUACCAUCCCCUCCUCAGAGAAGACUGCCCUCUCUUCUUGGUGCAGGGAUCUGGGCUCCUGUUUUAAGCCCAAAUGGAGUGUGGAUCGUAUCGAGGUCCUACCCACUAUCCCCACAGAUUUUGCUAGAGCAAAAGGCUGGUGCCUAAAUAAGAUCCCUUCCUUUGGUGCUGCUCUUGGUCUUUCAGCCACCAGCAUUUCGAGUGCCUGGGGGACAGCUUGGAAGGAAAUGGCCAGGGAAGUUCAUUGGUGCCUCUGCACCCCAGCCCUCCGGGAGAGGGCAGGGGACAGGCUGGCUGCAUCAGCCCUUGGUGCUGAGAAAGAACAAAGGAAUGCGGUUUCUCAAGGUUACAUGGCCUGUCGGAGCCAGAGCCCCAGGGUGGCCUUUGCAUCUGUCUUGCCUUUGAAGAGAGGUCUAAAUGUCCAGCCCCUUUCUCUGCCUGCUGGCUCCAGGCACCGGAGAUGGACUUCACUCCACUUUGCCCACCCACAAGCUUCCUGGGUAACCUUUGGCCACAAUCUCUGUGCUUGCCUCGGCUGGCUUGUCUCCUUAAAAACCAGGGUUCUGAAAGGCUCGGACAUUUCUGUCGUCUUGCCUGUGGAAAAUAAAUUGUGCCAGGUGUGUGCUCCGGCUGGAGUUCUCGGCCCAGCAGGAGGGAGGCAGAGGCCCUUGCGCCACCAGCCCUCCCAAAGGCCCUCCCCAAAGCCCACCCUGUGCUUCUUACUGGCCAGAGUCUAGGAGGGGCAGGAAAGGUCCCAUUAACUUCUCCCUCAUCCAGUUAGACCCAGAGAGACAAAGAUGGACCCUGAGAGCAAACACAACAGAGAGACACUUCUUAGGUGAAAUGUCUCACCUCCACCAGCGAUUGUCAUCCAUCUUCCAGGGAGGUCCCAGGAGGAACUCCCAGGCAGGACUGAGAGGUUGCCUGAGGGGGAUGGAGAGGAGCUCCCUUUCCUCAUGCAGAAACCAAGGUGCUAUGUCUCGUCAGGGAGUUGAGGAAGUGCCUGGACUAGUUGGAGGAAUAGCUGGCGGAGGUUCAGAGCGCAGCUCCAGGCUUACCACCUCCCCCACCCCCCAUUCGGGGCCCGCCUAUUCGACUUGUCUGGGCCCAGAAGCUGGGAAACCAUCGUCACAGGCCUCGCUCAGGAAGGAGCUGCCUGAGGAGUGGGUGGGGGCAGGACUGGGAACUGGCGGGUGCUUUGCCUGCUGCUGUGAGCAGUCCCGCUGACUGUGCCUCGGGUCGGGGUGUAGAUUCUUCCUGAAGUUCAGAUGUGAGCCAUGUGGGGAGUCAGCCAGUAUAGAGUACAAAAAUGCAACCCUGCCCAAGCCCCCAUUCUGGACUCAAAUGUUAAGACACCCCUUACUGCAAAGAAAAUGCCCUGGUCACCCAGUCUCCUCUUCCUCUCUGUCCCCCAGGCCUGUGACCACCUGAGAGACGCACUCAUGACUGCCCCACCCGAACGGCUCCGCCUCCUCCUCCCUUUCGUUCCCCACACCUGAGCUGCUGGAUACUUCUGAGACCAGCUGGCUUUGUAGUCACUUUAGAGGCCAGGGACCCGCUGGUCUGGGACCAGGUAGCUGCCCACCUGGCCCUUGAUCAUGGGGCCCAUUGUCAGUCCUGUGGUUCGGCACUCUGUCCUGGAGGCAGUGAGGUCAUGUUGCUGUCAUCUUCCCGCUCAGCUCACUUUCUUGCCAAUGUGGCCUGCAGGUCCUUUUUCUUUCAUGGAGCCUGCCCGGUCUUGUCUCCCCUCUGCAGAGCUCAUCCGGAGUUCUGCUUUCUUCCUUCCCUAUCAGGCCCUUGGGGCAAACCUGCUGGUUGUGCCCGGCAGGGAGGCCCAUGUGGGGCCUGCAAAUGGCCAUGGCAGCCUCCAGCCGGCAGCAUCUGAAUGCCCGGUUUCCCUCCAGGAACUGCCUCUCGGGUCCCUGUUGCUGCUUGGCUCAGCAGGUGGCAUGAAUGGGUGCAGUUGCUUCCCCCACGCCUCUCCCAUGAGGACCGUCUCGCUCACCUGUCUGAGUGCACUUGCCUCUUUGCCAUCUCCUAUUCUUCCUCUCUGGGGCCAGCAGAGCCUCCUUGGGCUCUCGCUCCCAACUCACACAACACACCCGAAGUGGUUUCCUCCCUUCACUGCCUCUCAGGGUGUGGUCUUCUUAUUUUCCCAAGGGCUUCAUAGGAGACUCUCCCUCCAGGGGCAAAAGGCUCUUGGGGUGGUAAGAUGGAUGGUGGCCCAGGAACCUUUUCCAGGCCCUGGGUUCUCGAUUCCAUGGCCUCUGUUGGACAGAGGCAGCUGUGCUCUGUGGACAUGACUGGGCCUCACCCCACCCCUCAGCUGGGCACCGUUGGCAGGAAACAGGAGGCCCAUUCUCACCCUGACCCACAGCCAUCCUCAGUGUCAGCGCCUGGCCAAGCAGGGAGGGUGGCCGAGAAGACAACUGACCCUCCCGCAGAUGUGAAGGGGAGGAAGCUGGGAGUUACGCCCUGCCUGAAACUGGGGUGGAACUCUUAAAAACGGCCCUUUUCAAGGGAGUGCAGGGUUCACCAAUCCCAUGGGCCCGCCCUUUCCACAAGGCCCUCUUGAACCCCGAGGACACCCUGUCCCGCACUGCAGCCUUUGGCCCCUGCCCUCCCAGUGUCGUUGGGUCUCAGCCCAGGGUCAGCUGCAGCCAGGACAGAACAGGCAGCCAGAGGUCAGCACGCUCUGAGCAGAAGAGCCAGCCCCCACCUGUCUUUGUCCACACCCUUUGUGAUCUCAGUCUUGGUAGAACUUGUAUUUGGAGUUUUGUGCUUCAAAGUUUUUGUUUGUUUGAUUUUUGUUUUGAGGGGGUGGGGGGGAUUCAGAGCAGCUGAUCAAUUUGUAUUUAUUUAUUUUAACAUUUUACUAAAUAAAGCCAAAUAAAGUCUCUCA